AUGUGUCGUCAACGAGUGCUGCAGGAAGGGAGACAGAUACCGUUGGUGCUAUUUUGGGAAGGAAGGAAAGGCUGGGGUCUUCGCACAAUUUUCAAAAUUCCAAAGAAUGUUUUUGUCGGUGAAUACGUCGGAGAGGUGAUCACUUUUGCGGAAGCCAAACGCCGAAACAAACACACAAAAUACCAAUUCAGUCUUGCGACGGCAAUCACAAAGCUCGACAACAAAUUCCUGGUGAUCGACGCCACAAGCCUCGGAAAUGAAACCAGACUCAUAAAUCAUUCGUGCAAUCCAAAUUUGGUAGCGAAACUUGUCAUCACGAAUAAAUAUUCCGAACACGAUUUUCGGAUCGGUCUCUACUCCAUGCGUGAUAUUGAGCCGGGCGAGGAACUCACCCUUAACUACUAUCCUACAACCGUUAAGCCAAAGAACUCAAAGAAAGGAAGGACCAAAUGUUGGUGCGAUGAAAAGAAGUGUCGUGGCUGGCUCCCUGCAGCAAGCGAGACAAGGAGAAGCUAU